AUGGUGGAGGUGGGCGACUUGCGUGAGAUUGAGUCUUUGGCUGAUCGCUUGCGCCCGUACAGGGUCGAGACAUACAACACGGCGGCAUCCAAACUGAAGCUCGUCUUGGAAGAUGAUCUGCCAAACAGCCGGGCGACCCGGAGCGCCCCGUUCAUUGGUCUGAGUGCCUCGCCCCGGAGCUUGCUGCACCCGGCCGAGGUUGAACGGUAUAUCCGGAGCGACUGCGCCAGCUACCUUCAGAACAACGCAGAGCGCUGGCUCAAGAACGGCCUCUGGUACCAGACCGAGUUCCCCAACCCGAAGGGCGCCGACCCGAGCUGCGAGGGCCUGCGCUUCGUGUACAGUUGCAUCUGCCGGCUGGAGAUGCGCAUCGAAGACGACGCCAUCAGGAACAGGAUGGCCAUUAUUGUCCUGCACGAGUGGUACGACAGAAACGUGCAAGAGGCGGCGGCGGCCUACCAGCGGACGGGGCAGACGAGCCGCGGUAGAGGCUACGUCUCGGUCCUGGUCGACAAGAUCCUCGCCCAGGUCCACGGCCAUGACUGGGAAACGGCCAGCCUGCGUCGCAGAAAGGAGCUCCGGGCCAAGUUUCACGAUCGCAAGCGCUACGGGAAGAGGUGGUGGACUCUUUCACAGGCGGCAGGGCAGGGCAUCCUGUUCUUAUGCACGCAGCAGCUCGUUGCCAUUGUAAAGAAUACUAGAGUUUCCUGCGAGAAUCUCCGAAUACUGGGAGAGAUGCUGUCCCACGCGCAUACGGACACGGCCAAGGUUCUGCAGGCCUUUAAUCGGACGGCUGAGUCUCUGAUCCAAGGUGGUCACGGAGUUGACCACGACAAUGAUUUGCACCCACAGCUUGAGAAUAUUGCUUAA